UAUAGAUGAAUAUAUUAUGGCAUGUCACGUUUCAGUAGACUUGCAGAGGUGAUCUUACAUUUCCAUACAACAGUAACAGUGAAGUCUGCCCGAUAUGUGCCUGCCAUGAUGACUACAGAAGAUUUGUUGUUCAGUUGAUUUGAUGCAUCAGAUCUGCAUCCAGACUCCCCCUCCACCAGACCCAAGGAUUUAUCAGCCUUUUUAUAUAUAUCUAUCUAUCUAUCUAUCUAUCUAUCUAUCUAUCUAUCUAUCUAUCUAUCUAUCUAUCUAUCUAUCUAUCUAUCUAUCUAUCUAUCUAUCUAUCUAUCUAUCUAUAUCUUUACACAUGUGUUUAUUUAUUUGGUUGUCUCUAUGUUUCUUUUGCUUUAUGCAACUUAUUCAUUCAUAACCUCUCCCCAUGACACUGUUGGAGGGGAUGGUUGUGCGGGUAAAGUGAGGACGGGGUUAAAUCUCAUUGGAACUUGCGCAGAAGACCGUGCUCUCGUGCGGGAGGUCUCGCCGGCACAAGUGUCUGUACAGAGGUUGACUCGAGCCAAGCAGCGCGCGCGUUCUGGAAAGCUUCUACUCGGGUUUUUAACAAGGGGAAAACAAAACAUUUCUGUUUCUUUUUUCAUCUCCAGUACCGGGUCGUAAUAAUGUUGUCAUGGCUCCUGCGCUCUGGAUGAUAAUGGGAUAAUUUUCCUUCGAAGCCAUCAGAUGUUUCCAGUGGUGGAUUUCACUGUUUUGGAAUGUGUUUGAUGCGCAUUGACCUUUUUCUUCUCGACAUUUCCUCCUCUGGGCUUGCCUAUACACUCAUAUUCUCUGCCACCGGAAUAUGUGGAUUUUUUUAACCAUUUGAUUCCACGACCUGUUCAGUAAUCACAAGGUUUGAAUGAUGAAAAUCUUUUGAGAUGAAAAACAGCACUUUAGUGGAUCGUUUUUUCUCGUGCCUCAGCAGCCUGUUGUCUGUGUCCGUGGAGAAACGCACAACUUUGCCGCGAGCUGGAGCUGGAGUUGUGGCUGCAGCUGGUCUGAGCGGCGCGCCAGGGCCACACGCAGGAGAUCAACGGAGCGGCCCCGGUGUUCCGCCGUUCUGUGGUUGGACGGGGCAUCCGGUGCAGCUGUGGAGCGUGGAUGAUGAAGACGGUGGUGAUGAUGGUGAUGAAUGGCCUGGCAGCUCGUGUAGGCACCGGGGUCUCACCACCAUUAUGUUUACUGCUGUGCGCUUUAAUCUUUCUCCCACCGUGCGCUCACUCGCACCCGCAGCCGUGCCAGGUGCUGAAACGGAUCGGACACACGGUUCGGGUUGGGGCUCUGCACGUUCAGCCUCGCUCGCUCUCCACCACCGCCGGCAGCUCUGAGGACUGGGACACAGAUCGAGGUUGGAUUGGAGGCGAGGAGCAGCGGAUGGAGUUAGAAAAGCAGGUUAAAACAAGUGGCAGUGCGCCUGGAUACGGAAGCCUCAGGACUAGAGGCACCGUUAACAGCCAGCGGGGAGCCAGCAGGAGUAAGAGCCAAGCACGGCAGCGGGAGGAGAACACCUCGAAGGAGAACCGCGUGUUCGCACCCCGAGACUCGGUCCUGCUCGCGGUCGAGGCUCUCAACCGGGCCGGAUUGCUGCCAUACAAUUUAUCCUUGGAGAUUGUCAUGGCUGUUGGGUCCGGACUGGGCGAGCUGCCCGCGUUCUCCUCCUCCUCUGCGGGCAGCCCCGAGGGCGAGGACCCGCUGUCCUUCGUGGAGAGCGUGUGUCACACCGUGGUCGUGCAGGGGGUUUCCGCCAUGAUCUCUUUCCCACGGAACCGAGACGAGUUCGUCAAGUUGGAGUUUAUCUCGCUUGCGCUACAGGUGCCAGUAGUCAGCGUUGUGCAGAGGGAGUUUACGCGCCACAGUGAGAAUCCUCUGCAUUUCCAACUGCCGAUGCGAACCGUGGAGGCUCCUCCAUCCCGUCUCCUCUCUACCCUGCUGAUGAUGAAUGGCUGGUGGGACAUCAGUAUUCUACUAUGUCAGGACUGGGACAUCAGUGACUUCCUGCUCCUCAUUAAUAACAACACCCGCUUCAACCUGGGCACUCUAGUCAAUCUAACAACUACAAUCUUGUUACCGUCAUCAUCUUCGCAAUUAGGAGUGGCAUCAGGUGUCACAACAGGAGUGGAGGCGUCGUCGUCUUCUUCGUCGUCUUUGCCUUACUUCUCCCCGGCUGCCUCUGCUGCUUCUUCGUCCACUUCCUCCUCUAAAUCUGACCAGCAGCAGGCUCUCAUGAGGCAGCUGGAGGCCCUGAGAGAACCUUCAUCCACGAGGGGAGUGGUGACAUUUGGGUGCGACAUCCGCGAGGUGCGGCGUCUCUGGACGCUGGCCAGUCGGAUGACACUCCCGGAGUUUCACUGGGUUUUGGGGGACAGCCAGAAUGUGGCCGAGCUGAGAACAGAGGGUUUGCCCCUAGGGCUACUUGCACAUGGGAUCAUGGGAUCCCCUUCUCUGGAUCACUACGUGCACGACUCAGUGGAGCUGGUUGCGCGGGCCGUGGGAAGCGCAGCUCAAGAGAAUCCCGCCCUGGCACUCAUCCCUGGGACUACUAACUGUAUGGAUGUACAAAAGAAGAACGGCAGCUCGGGGGAAUAUUUGUCAAGAUUUCUAUCCAACACAUCAUUUGAGGGCCAGACCGGUUUUAUAUCCAGAGACACUCACAGCCAGAAUGUCAUCUCAGAGGCCCAUCAUUACAUCUGGUCCCUCCAGCUGGACCCUCUAGGCCAGCCAACCUGGACCCGCCUGGGACGCUGGCGCAGGGGGAAAGUUCUGAUGGACCGGCGGGCCUGGCCAAUCCAUCAGGGAUCUGGGAGCGGAGGAGACUGGCGCCGAUCCUCGCGGCUGCACAUGCGGGUGGUGACGCUGGUGGAGCACCCGUUUGUAUUCACCCGAGAGGUGGACGGGGACGGGAUGUGUCCCGCGGGCCAGCUGUGCCUCGAUCCGCUCACCAAUGAAUCUUCGGUUGUGAAAGGAUUUUUCAAGAAUCUUGCGGGGCGCAAUGGAUCUGUUCCCACGGAACUGAAGAAGUGUUGUUAUGGUUACUGCAUAGACCUGCUGGAGAAGCUGGCAGAGGACAUGGGCUUCACUUUCGACCUCUAUAUUGUAGGCGAUGGAAAGUAUGGGGGGUUCAAGAAUGGUCGCUGGACAGGAUUGGUGGGUGAUCUGCUCAGUGGCGCUGCCCACCUGGCAGUGACAUCUUUUAGCAUUAAUUCAGCCAGAAGCCAAGUCAUUGACUUCACUUCGCCCUUCUUCUCCACCAGCCUGGGGAUUCUGGUUCGUACUCGUGACACAGCUGCACCCAUCGGUGCCUUCAUGUGGCCUCUCCACUGGUCCAUGUGGCUCGGCAUCUUUGUCUCCCUCCACGUCACCGCUGUCUUCCUCACCCUGUAUGAGUGGCACAGCCCGUUUGGUAUGACGCCGCGUGGACGCAACCGCGACCGGGUGUUCUCCUUCUCCUCAGCGCUCAACGUGUGCUACGCCAUUCUCUUCGGGAGAACGGUGGCCAUCAAGCCGCCAAAGUGCUGGACCGGCCGCCUGCUGAUGAACCUCUGGGCCAUCUUCUGUCUGUUCUGUCUGUCCACCUACACUGCUAAUCUAGCUGCCGUCAUGGUCGGGGAGAAGACCUACGAACAACUGUCAGGGAUACAUGACCCAAAGUUGCACCAUCCCUCUCAGGGAUUCCGAUUUGCCACAGUGAGAGAAAGCAGCGCAGAGGACUACCUCAAGAAGAGUUUCCCUGAGAUGCACGAGUACAUGAGGAGAUACAAUGUCCCGGCAACACCAGAUGGAAUACGUAAUCUCAAGGCUGACCCUCAGAGACUGGAUGCAUUCAUCAUGGACAAGGCUCUGCUGGACUAUGAGGUCUCCAUAGAUGCAGACUGUAAAACACUGACAGUCGGGAAACCCUUUGCAAUAGAAGGCUAUGGCAUCGGCCUCCCUCAGAACUCUCCACUCACAUCCAACAUCUCAGAGCUUGUUAGUCAGUACAAGUCAGAUGGCUUCAUGGACACUCUGCAUGACAAAUGGUACAAGGUUGUGCCCUGCGGGAAGCGCAGCUUUGCUGUCACUCAGACGCUGCAGAUGGGCAUAAAGCAUUUCUCCGGCCUGUUUGUGAUGCUCUGUGUGGGCGUGGCCUUAUCUCUGCUGACCACAGUAGCAGAACACAUUGUGUACAAGCUGGUGAUCCCGAGGGUCAAGGAGCCACGCUUCAAAUACUGGCUGCACACGAGCCAGAGAUUACACCGGGCCCUCAACUCAGUCUUCACUGAUGACAAACUGCCGACUGUAACCAAGCAUGAUAAGAGGUGCAAUGAGGGAAACAACCAGUCAGCAUCUUGGAAUCCUGCAGAGUCCUCUCACUACAACAGGCGUAGGGUCCUUCCACAAGAGAUGCAGAAUGACCUGGAACGCCCAUCCUCCCAGGAGCUUCCACAACCAUCGCCCCCAUCUCCCCUGCCUAAUCCCCAUUCUCUUCCCCUACUGGAGAAACACCUGCCCAUAGUGACCAACACUAACGGUCGCUCUGACCUGUUGGGGCGGGGGUUGGGCCAAGGACUGGGGCCAGGGCAGGGGGGUUCCGCGCAGAGCCUAACACCAGGACCAUGCCGGGGUUUAGGUGCGGGCGACUGCGGCCCUGGGCUGGGUGCGGGCCGGAACCCGCUGGUUCAGGAGCUGUCAGAACUAGAGGGUCAAAUCCUCGUAAUCAAGCAGCAGCUGCAGUCAGCCAUGAGGAGGAAGCGAGAGCUAGAACAGUACCAAUCAGAAAACCAGCAAGCAAACCAGACUGCACCAACUCAGCUCGCUACGCACCAGUCUAACCAGUUUGCUCAUUAUACCCAGUCCCACCAGCAGACUAACCCACACACAAACACGCUCCCGGAGUUCUGAAGCUUUUCACCUUUUGUUCUGCCCAGAGAAACCUGGUGCGACAUAGGACUAGUUUCUAAAACCUCCUGUACAGGUUGUGGAAAGGUUUUGGAGUUGGAACCGUCACAGAUUUCUGGAAGUUGAAUCCUCCAUUAGGCUCAGGAGUUCCUCUGAACGCUGAACUGAAACGUUCUCCAAGGAUUCAGCUCUGUCACUCCCGUGUAACAUUUCCUCACUUCUGGAACAUGAGAUUCACUUAGAUGACAGGCCAAGGUGAACUAGGGACCCCGAACCAAAUCUGUUCUCACUAGCGUGUUGCUGUCACUGUUCUAUACCCCCCUUCCCCCAUCUUCUUCACCUCACUGAUCCCUUCAUUUUGUUCCUUUUACUUCCAUUCCUUCUGCCCUCUAGUCCGUCCUUCUCAUCUCUUCCCAAUAAGCCUUGUCUUUUCAAGGGUACAGAUAUGCUUGCCAUGACGAUAAGCUUGAUCAUAGAUAUGAAGACCGUUAUUUAAGCUUAAUGGGCUUAUUCACCUGAGUCUUAUGUUGAGACUUAUUGAGAGUGUAAAUGACCUGAAGUUGAACUCAUACAGUUAAGUCUUUAUUGCCUUGCGUUGAAAGGAGAGGGAAAGAAAUGAAUUACAACUGCUGGUGAUUGGUUGAUGUUACCAUUGAUGACCUAAUGUUUCUGGCCUUUAAAAAUGUGGCUUGGGUCAUUUUUUUCCCGUGUACCUUUUUGAGGGACAGUUGUUACGAGUAACAAAAAAAAAAAAAAAACAGACAAAUUCAGCAACACACC